UGAUAAUAGCUCCCUUUUAUUUCACCACAUUUUCCAUUUUUUCGCGUCUUCCUUCUUUCUUUCUUUGCGCGAGGCGAGCGCUAAGAAGGCGAGGGUUUUUUGCGAGGAGAGAGAGCUAGCUCCUAGGGCGGCGAUGGCGGACGCUACGAUUGGCAUGGCCGUGGAGGCGCAGGCGGUCAACGGCGGGAGCGGCCACGGUGAGAUUGUGUAUGAGCAGCUGCUGCCCCAUCUCUUCGUUAAGGCGCCGCACGCCAGCGACGCCAUCGAGUUCUACAAGAAGGCCUUUGGCGCCGAGGAGGUCGCGAAAUCGCACCAUCCCAAGCGCAAGGCCGACCAGGACGUUCCCCUCAUCCUCCACGCCCAUCUCAAGUUUGGGGCCGCGGAGAUUAUGGUGUGCGACGAUACCGCGGACGCUGGCCCAAACGUGAAGCCCCCAAGCAGCGUGGAGGCCACCACUGCGAUCCUCCACCUCCAGACUAACAAUGCGGAGGCGGCGAUCAAGAGGGCGAUCGAGGCUGGAGCCAAAGUGAGCGAGGAAGUGAGCGAUCAGCCUUGGGGCCAGAGGUAUGGCAAGGUUGUGGAUCCGUAUGGAUUCGUAUGGAGCAUUGCCACACCUCUGGCCGCCGGCGCCGCGACCAAAACUAGCAGCUCUCCCGCUCCACCCGAGGAGGCCGUCGCUCUUCUCUAGGUGAGUCCUUUCUAGCCCGAGUGUGUUCUAGCCACCCAAGUCUUUUACACUUCUUUUACUGCUUCCUACUCCAUAGCUGAAAAGAAAAAAGGAUCCCUUCUUCCUCCUUCACACCUGGAAGGAAGAAGAAAGACCUCUAUCCGUGCUGUGUGUUAUGUGCGAGGGAAUAUCCUCUCUUUCAUCAUUCAAACCUGCCGGACAGGCUUUUAUUGUGAGGUGGUCAAUGCAAGCAACAUAGAUUAAUUUGUAUUAUCUUCGCUUUGUUUCUAAUGUAAUCAACUCUGUCCUA